AAUUUUCGUACGGACUCACCGUUACGGAAUGGUCUCAAUCUCAACACGAUGCCAUUGAGUGGCCCGGUGUAAAAACCGAAGCCCACGACGACGUGGCCCGACGAGUUCUCCCCUCUACAAUCAUAUUGCUCGGCCAGUUCAGAUCUAUUGCUGUCUCACUUGACGGCAUAACGGCGUCCUUGUUCGGCGGGACGACAUGUGACGCCAACAGUGUCAGUAUCGAUUGCCUACGUUGCUGGGUGUACGAUUCAAUGUUGAAAUACUUUGUUUAAUUCCGAAAAAGAAGCUGUUAAAUCGUGCAUUUAUAUUUAACGUUGGAUAAUAUGUCAAUUAAUUGGUCUAAUGAGAAAACAAUUGAAUUUCUCAACGAAGUGCAAAAACAUCCAGAGCUAUGGGAUGUGAAAACUGAAGUUUACAAAAAUCGUGAUGCGAAGAAAGAUGGAUGGGCGCUCAUCGCUGAAAAGUUUGGUAUAUCGAGUGACGAUGCGUAUAGGAAAUUCAAAAGUUUAAGAACAUACGCUAAGAAUGAAGAAAAGAAAGCGAAACGUGCUUCAGGUGGGAUGAAAACAGUGAAAUGGUUUGCGUAUGACGCGAUAUCGUUUAUACUCAAUCAAGACGCUCAUACUGGACCGGAUAGUGGAAACACCACAGCAACUGUUGAUGAAACAAAGACACCCAAACCGAACAGCAAGGUUACUAUUGACCAAGAAGAGACUGUCGAAUUAGAAGCAACAGGCUCUUUAUAUCCUUCAAACCCAGCAAAAAAACCUCGCAUAUCUAUGAUAUCCAAACCUUCAGAAUCGGUUAGAUUAAAAGCGCGAAAUAUGGUAUGUGAACAUGAAGAAAACCAGGAUUACGGUCCUUUUGGUGAGCAUAUCGCUAACAAAUUAAGUAGAUACGAUCCUUACAUUCGAGCGCAAGCCGAGAUGAAAAUUAUGCAGAUACUUUAUGACUGUGAUAUGCAAAUGUUGACACGUGAAGCCGAGGAAUUAGUGCCAGUCACUGUUCUAAGUGAUACACAAUCUGACUGACAAGUGUCAGGUGUGGUUAAAAGUAACUUUUCGGAUGCCAUUCUUCUCUAAGCGCGUUCCCGUUUGUUUUUCACUCGUGGACUUGAAGACUUACAAAAGGACUGCAAUAUUUUUGUCGGCUGCCUACUUACCUCAAACUAAUUCGAUGAUGAUGAAGAUUUUUUGAGUAUAUUUUUAGCCUUCGCUUUUCAAAAGAGAGUUAUUCAAAUUAGCUGGAAGAAACACACGACUAAAUAGGAAGUUUUUAAAUACUGGCCCGACUAAAAUAUAAUAAAGAUCGUUCACCACAACGCUUUAAUUUUGAAACCAAACUCUACCUCUCCACUAUAU